UACGUAACGACAAAAAAACGUUCGCAGCGAAAUGGUCCAAAUGAGUCACAGACUUCCGGAAGCAGCGGAACGACUUGUUUCUCGCAGACAGCUGCAUUUUUCUCAGCUGACCUGGUCUGAGUGACACCCGAGUCUUCACCGAGUGGCUCCGUGUUCCUGGCGUCGGUUAGAUGGACGGCUGCGGUGGAACCGGGAGGACGAACCGAGGACUCGAGUCUUGAGGAUGUGAAGAGGAACGAUGUGCUCCACGGAAAGCAACACGGAGCUUCGGCCGACACCGCCAGACCCAGCUCUACUGCUGGAACUAAAGACCCGGCGUCCGCCCUCCCUACUGGACCGGGCGGGAUGCGAGACCUGGAGCGUGGACUUCUCCCCUAACGGAGCCUGGUUCGCCUGGUCGAUGGGACACGGGAUCGUCUGGGUGGUCGCCUGGCCGCUGGACUCCGAAGAGGGUCGGGAUGGGCACACGGACCGAGCGGACAAAAGCUUCAGCUGCGGUCAGCAGGUGUGGGGGCUCGCCUUCGGACCCAGACCCCCCUCGGGAGCAGCGGCGGCGCGUUUCGCUAAAACGGCGCCGAAAGGGAAGGACAGCCUGCUUCUGGCCACGGGCUUGGAGAACGGGGUGAUCAAGAUCUGGAACGUGUUUACAGGGAACGCUGUGUUUGAUCUCCACGGCCAUGAGGGAGUCGUCAGAGACCUGGUUUUUCCUCAGAAUGGGUCCCUCACGCUCAUAUCAUCAUCUCGGGACAAGACUUUGAGGAUUUGGGACUUGGCCCACAAAGGGAAAAGGGUUCAGGUUCUGUCCGGUCACAAAGACUGGAUCAGCUCCUGCUGCGUGUCGCCCGACUGCAGCAUGAUGGCGUCUGUCGGCAGGUUUGACAGAAUGGUGUGCCUGUGGAGUCUGCGCUCGUACACGUUCAUCAGGAACCUGACGGGAGCGAACCAGAAAACUUUAUGCCUGCUGUCCUCCUGCGACUUCUCUCCGGACGGGGCGGUCCUGGCCACCGCAGCCUUCAGUGGCUCCAGUUGGUGGAUCGACCUCUGGGACCCGUACACAGCCGAGAAACUGGCCACGCUGGCUGACUACUUUGAAGAUUACGGGCAAAACCAGAUAUCAGCAAUACAGUUCUCCCCCGAUGGUCUGCACCUCGCUAUCGUGACUGACGACAGGGCUCUGAGGAUCUGGAAGCCGGGAGAGAGGCGAAUGACGAUGCAGACCAACAAGGACCAGGUCUCUAACGGUCUCUGCUGCAAAUACCACCCACAGGGAGGAGUGAUCGCUACGGGAACCAGAGACGGCCACGUGAGGUUCUGGAGGGCUCCCAGGCCGGUGCCCACCUUGGGCCACCUGUGCCGAUCCAUCCUGCGCCACUCCGUGUCCACCCACCAGAUCGAGGCGCUGCCUCUCCCCAGGAGGAUCCUGGAGUACCUCACCUACAGAAACAUCCCCGAACGCCUCAAAACAUGCACCUCUUCAGACGAGGAGGAUUGGGAAAGUUAAAUAAGGACUUAAAAAACCCUAAAUAGUAAACUUAUACACAAACAAAAUGCCUUUUCUGUUUACUAGCAACAGGUAAAAAAAACAAAAAGGAAAACCAACUAGCUUUGAAAUUGACUUUAGAUGCACUCAUUUAUUUGCACUACUUUAGAGAUGCAUAAACUAAAUGUUCACAUCGACUUGAAUAUCAUGCUUUUAUGCUGCUAAUUUAUUGUGUAAAUAGAAGCUAUAUAAAUAAUUUUAAUCCCUGUGUUUUUAUUUUUCAUUUCUGCUUUAUUUGCACAUUAAUAUAAAAUAUAAACUGGACUUAUAUGGAAGGGAAACACUGAAAUGUACAAAUGUUUUUAUUCUUGCACAAAUCUGGGUCAGUAUAUUUGAUAUCUAAUAUAUGUGAUCCUUGUAAUGAUCUGUUCUAUUAAAAGGUGAUAAGAAACUCAA